AUUUAAUUCAUGUAAGCUUGCACUUUUGAUACUUCUCCAAGAAUCAGAGGAGUUUGGCUGACAUUCAGAGGAAUGAAUCACUUUUAUCUGACUUGAAAUAAUUGAUCAAAGAUUCCGAUAAAACAGUAUGAUAGAUCUGUAUGCUGAGGUAAUAACUUGGUAUUAUUGGCUCAAAGUUGUUGCCCAUUGUCGUAAUGAUGGUAGAGGAGUGUUUAUCUGUACACUGGAGGUAUUUGCCUAGUGGUGACUGUGUUUUGUGUGUAGUAGUAUACUGUUUGCAGAUGUUGGGAGCAUCAUCCAGGAGCUCAGCGUGAAAUCUGACCCGGUGGUAAUUAGCUCCACAGCCCUCCCUAUCUCAUCCUCUCUCUGUGAACACUGUGAGCUUGUGUUUGCUGCUCAGGAUGCUUCAAGGGAGAGAUUCUUCUCUUCUGAUAGUUUGUGAUUUAGUCUAAAAAGCUGGAUGUAAAUUGUUAAUUGGAUUUUGUGUUUAGAGUCAAUUACCCAGAUUCUGUUUUUGCCUCUGCAAUAUUUUGGAAGGAUAAGUCCCUUGAAGCAGUCAGUUGUGGCCAGGCUAAACAGCCGCCAUGACGGAGAUAGAGCAGUAUAGUAAUGGAGUCCGAUGGGAGUCGGGGAUGGACGAAGACUUUGAUCCGGGAAGUAACUCCUCCAAACUCUUUGAAAGAUCCAGGAUCAAGGCUUUAGCAGAUGAACGAGAAUCAGUACAGAAGAAGACAUUUCAAAAAUGGGUGAACUCGCACCUAAUUCGAAUGAGCUGCCGAAUUCAGGACCUCUACAUAGAUCUCCGAGACGGCAAAAUGCUCAUGAAACUUCUGGAAAUUUUGUCUGGGGAAAGACUGCCUCGCCCCACCAAAGGAAAAAUGAGGAUUCAUUGUCUGGAAAAUGUAGACAAGGCAUUACAGUUUUUACAUGAACAAAAAGUGCACCUUGAGAACAUGGGUGCACAUGAUAUUGUGGAUGGCAGUUCACGUCUCACACUGGGUCUCAUUUGGACCAUCAUUCUUAGAUUCCAGAUCCAAGACAUUACAGUGGAAGAAACUGACAACAGUGAGACAAAAUCAGCUAAAGAUGCUCUGUUACUUUGGUGCCAGAUGAAGACUGCGGGAUACCCUAAUGUUAAUGUUCGUAACUUCACAACAAGUUGGAGAGAUGGCCUGGCAUUCAAUGCCCUUAUACACAAACACAGACCUGACUUGAUCCAGUAUGACAAGCUACAGAAAUCCAAUGCUCUGUAUAACCUUAACAAUGCUUUUGAAGUGGCUGAGGAGAAACUGGGGCUCACCCGUCUCCUGGAUCCAGAAGAUUGUAACGUUGAAUUCCCGGAUGAGAAAUCCAUCAUCACCUAUGUUGUCACAUAUUAUCAUUACUUCUCCAAGAUGAAGGCAGAAUCUGUGCAGGGCAAAAGAAUUGGAAAGGUUAUUGACCAUGCCCUUGACUCCGAUAAACAAGUCCAAGACUACGAGACCUUCACCUCUGACCUCCUAGAGUGGAUCGAACAAACCAUUGUCAUCCUGAAUGACCGACAGUUUGCCAAUUCCCUGUAUGGUGUACAGCAGCAGUUAGCAGCCUUCAACUCUUACAGAACCAAGGAAAAACCUAAAAAGUUUGAUGAAAAGGGCAAUCUAGAAGUUUUGCUGUUUACUCUGCAAAGUGAGAUGCGUGCAAACAACCAAAAACCAUACCUGCCGAAAGAAGGAAAAUUGAUUUCUGACAUAAAUAAAGCUUGGGAUAGACUAGAAAAGGCAGAACAUGAGAGGGAAUUGGCCCUCAGAGAGGAACUUAUAAGACAAGAGAAGUUGGAGCAGCUAGCUGCCCGAUUCGACAGAAAGGCUGGCAUGAGAGAAACCUGGCUGAGUGAGAACCAGAGACUGGUGUCACAGGACAACUUUGGAGAAGACCUGCCCGCAGUGGAGGCUGCCACCAAGAAACACGAGGCCAUCGAGACCGACAUCAAUGCAUACGAGGAGAGAGUCCAGGCUGUGGUGUCUGUGUGUUUUGAACUUGAACAGGAGAAAUACCAUGACGUUGAGAGGAUCACUGCAAGGAAAGACAAUGUCAUACGGCUGUGGAACUAUUUACUGGAACUUCUGAGAGCUAGACGUAUGAGACUAGAAAUGUCCCUUAGUCUACAAAAGAUCUUCCAAGAAAUGUUGUACAUCUUGGACUGGAUGGAAGAAAUUAAGGCUCGCCUGAUGUCUGAAGACUAUGGUAAACACUUAAUGAGUGUGGAGGACCUGCUACAGAAGCACAGUCUACUGGAGGCAGAUAUCCACGUCCUGGGAGAACGUGUCAAGACCGUCAACACCUCAGCCAUGAAGUUUGUGGAUGGGGAUGCUGUGGAGGCUGGAGGCUACCACCCAGCAGAUCCUAAAGUUGUGCGUGACCGCAUGAAGACCUUGGAGGAUGCUUAUGAAGAGCUUGUUCGACUGGCGGCUGAGAGGAGGGACAGACUGGAGGACUCGCGCAAACUGUGGCAGUUCUACUGGGACAUGGCGGACGAGGAGGGCUGGAUCAAGGAGAAGGAACAGCUCAUGUCCUCGCCCGACCUGGGCCGCGAUCUCACCAGUGUCCAUCUGCUGCUCAACAAACAAAAGCAAAUGGAGGAUGAGAUGACAGCACGACACACACAUCUACAGUCAGUGCUGCAGGUUGGUUACGAUCUCAUUACUGCCGGAAACUUUGGAGCAGAGAAGAUCCAGGAGAGGAUUGAUGAGAUCAACCAGAAAUGGGAGAGUCUCAUUGACCUGGCCGCCUUCAGGAAGAAGAGGCUCAAUGAAGCAGUCGACUACUAUCAGUUCUUUGCUGAUGCUGACGAUGUGGAUGCCUGGAUGUUUGACAUCUUCCGCAUUGUUUCCAGUGAAGAUGUUGGCAAAGAUGAGGCCAGUGUACAGUCUCUACUGAAAAAACACAAGGAGGUUACAGAUGAGCUGAAGAACUAUGAAAGUACCCUGGCUGCUCUUCAUGAACAAGCUGCCAACUUGGGAGAACAGGACAGAGAAUCUCCUGACAUACAGAACAGACUGGGAAGCAUUGACAACCGUUACCAGGAAUUACUGGAACUGGCCAAACUCCGCAAACAGAGGCUGCUGGAUGCCCUUUCCCUCUACAAACUCUUCAAUGAGGCUGAUGGUGUUGAAACAUGGAUAGAUGAAAAGGAGAAAUUCUUGACCACCAUGAUCAUCACUGAUGACAUUGAAGAGAUUGCCAUUAUGAAGCACCGCUUUGACAGUUUCGAGCAUGAGAUGAAUGCUACUGCCUCCAAGGUGGCUGUUGUCAACCAGCUGGCCCGUCAGCUGCUGCAGAUCGAACACCCAGGAGCUGCAGAAGUUAUUAGCAGACAGAAUCAACUUAAUGGAAGCUGGAACAACUUGCGAGAUCUUGUUGACCAGAAGAGGGAAGAGAUCAACAUUUCCCAUGGUCUUCAGAACUUCCAUAUUGAGUGCAAUGAAACCAUUAGCUGGAUCCAUGAAAAAGCUAAAGUUAUUGAGUCCACUGAUGAGCUUGGUAAUGAUCUGGCUGGUGUCAUGACUCUACAGAGAAGACUGAGUGGAAUGGAGAGAGAUCUAGCUGCCAUCCAGGCUAAGCUUGAGUCUCUGCAAGGAGAGGCAGAGAAACUGCAAGAUACCAAGCCUGAGGAAGCUCAAAUCAUCCGAGAGAAGAUUGCGGAGAUUAACAAUGUCUGGAUGGAUCUCAAGGACAUGCUGAGGGAGAGAGAUGAGAAACUUGGAGAGGCUGGAGAAUUACAGCGUUUCCUUGGAAACUUGGAUCACUUCCAGCAAUGGCUGUCUCGUACUCAGACCACGGUGGCCUCAGAAGACAUCCCCAACAGUCUGGCUGAUGCCGAGAAGCUGCUCAACCAGCACCAGCAGCUGAAGGACGAGAUCGACGCCUACGCCCCUGAGUAUGCCAAGAUGAAGGACUUCGGAGAUAAGGUCACUGAGGGACAAGAAGACCCCCAGUACAUGUUUCUGCGCCAGAGAUUACAAGCUCUGGACAGUGGAUGGGAGGAAUUACUUCAGAUGUGGGAAAACAGACAACAGUUGCUCUCUCAGAGCUUAAACCUACAGAUGUACUUGAGAGAUGCAAAACAGGCCGAGGUGUUGCUUAACCAACAAGAAAACUUCUUGUCAAAGGAGGAAGUGCCGUCUUCUUUGGGACUUCUUGAUAAACAGAACACUCUGGAAGCAGCAGAGAACUUGAUCAAAGCCCACGAGGCAUUCAUAACCACCACGGAUGCUAAUGAUGAGAAGAUCAACGCAGUUCUGCAGUUUGCUAACCGCCUCAUUGAGGACCAACACUAUGCUGCUGACAAGGUUCACAAGAAAGCAGAGAACAUCAGUGAGAGACGUGAUGUGAACCGACAGAGAGCGUAUGAACAACUUGAGCGUCUGAAGGACCAACUGCUCUUGCAGCAAUUCUUGCAGGAAUGUGAUGAGCUUCGAGACUGGCUGCAUGACAAGAUGGCAGCAGCACAGGAUGAAACCUACCGUGAUGCUAAGAACUUGCACAGCAAGUAUCUGCGCCAUCAAGCUUUCGAAAGAGAAAUUGCUGCCAACAAGGAGCGCUUGCAGCGUCUCAUGCAGUCUGGUGAAGGUUUAAUGCAAGAGAAACCAGAAUGCAGAGAACAAAUUGCACCUAUUCUUUCGAGCUUGCAAGAGCAGUGGGACGAACUAGAAGGAACAACCAAGUCCAAGGCUGAGAGGUUGUUUGAUGCCAACCGUGCAGUGAUCUACCAGCAGAGCUGUGAUGACAUCGACGGAUGGAUAGAACAGCUGGAGACACAGAUUAUCACAGCAGAGGAAGGCGCUAGAGAUCUGACCACCGUCAACCUUCUUAUGCAGAAACAACAUCAACUGGAGUCUCAGAUGAAGAUUAAAGAAGGACAGGUAGCAGAGCUGGAUGAACAAGCCGUCAUUCUGAGGAAGGUAGAUCCACACCAGGAGUCCAUGAUUGAGGCAAGGAAGGCCCUCGUGGCAGAAAGAUUCUCCAAGAUUCAAGAGCCGCUGAUCAAGAGGCGAGAACAGUUGGAGAAGGUGAAGAGAAUCCACCAGUUUGUGAGAGACGUGGAGGAUGAGAAGUUGUGGAUCAGUGAGAAGAUGCCCCUCGCUACUUCUAAUAGUUUCGGAAACAGUCUUCUUAGUGUUCAACUUCUGACUAAGAAGAACCAUUCGUUACAAACUGAGAUAGAGAACCAUGAGCCAAGGAUAUUCAGUGUAGUAGAAGUAGGCCAGCAGCUGAUAGAUGAGAGGCACCCUCAGUCCGAGGAGUUCACCGCCCUCAUUGACGAGCUAAUGAAGAUGUGGAAUGACCUGCGUGCAGCCAUUAUAAAGCGCGACGAUCGGCUCAAACUGUCCGACACAGCACAACAGUAUUAUUACGAUGCCUCUGAGGCUGAGGCCUGGAUGAGUGAACAGGAGCUGUACAUGUUGGGAGAGGAGAGAGCGAAGGAUGAGAUCGGGGCUCAGAACUUCCUGAAGAAACACCAGGCUCUGGAGAAUGCUGUCGUUGACUACGCUGAUAUUGUGCGACAGCUGGGUGAGAGGAGCAGGAAUCUGAUCGCUGAUGAACAUCCAGAGAGUGACCAGAUAGCUGUCAGGCAGUCCCAGGUAGACAAGCUGUAUGCUGGUCUGAAGGAUCUGUCUAACGAGAGGAAGAGCAAGCUGGAGGAAGUGCUCAAGCUCUAUGUACUGAACCGUGAAAUUGAUGACAUCAUGCAGUGGAUCGCAGAGAAGGAAUUGGUGGCAGGAUCUCACGAACUCGGUGCUGACUUCGAACAUGUCUGUAUGUUACAAGACAGGUUCAGGGAGUUUGCUCGGGAGACAGAGAGCAUAGGAACCGAGCGAGUGACCGCUGCUAACGACAACUGUGAUGCCCUCAUCAUGGCCGACCAUUCAGACUCGGCCCAGAUUGCUGAAUGGAAGGACAAUCUCAAUGAAGCUUGGAAUGAUCUGUUAGAGUUAAUGGACACCAGAACACAAAUGCUUCAGUCUUCCUGGGAACUGCACAAAUUCUACCAUGAUUGUAAAGACAUCUUGGAGAGAAUACUGGAAAAGAAGAACUAUAUUCCUGAUGAACUGGGCAGAGAUGCACAGAGUGUUGCUGCUCUUCAAAGAAAACACAACAACUUUGAAAACGACCUUGUCACUCUUGGAGUUCAAGUCCAAGCCAUACAGGAGGACUCUGGUCGACUACAGACUGGUUAUGCCGGUGACAAGAAGGCUGAGAUUCAGAACCGUGAGGCGGAGGUGGUGGAUGCCUGGAAGAACCUGAACCUGAUGGUCAACUCAAGGCGAAUCAAGCUAGCCGAUGCCCACGACCUGUUCAAGUUCUUUAACAUGGUCCGUGACCUCAUUCUCUGGAUGGAUGACAUCAUAAGACAGAUGAAAUCACAUGAGAAGCCAAGGGAUGUCUCUGGUGUUGAUUUGCUCAUCAACAACCACCAAAGUCUGAAGGCAGAAAUUGAUGCAAGAGAAGAAAACUUUGCUAUUUGUAUUAACUUGGGCAAAGCCUUACUGGAAAGGAAUCACUAUAGAUCUGAUGAAGUGAGAGAGAAGCUGAUACAGCUGACAACGGAGAGACAGGACAUGACUGACCAGUGGGCCGACCGAUGGGAGCACCUCAAGCUCAUCCUAGAGAUCUACCAGUUUGCCAGAGAUGCUUCUGUAGCAGAGGCUUGGUUGAUGGCUCAAGAACCUUACCUACACAACCACGACUACGGGGACACUCUUGAUGCAGUAGAAAACUUAAUCAAGAAACAUGAAGCUUUCGAAAAGUCGGCGGCAACACAAGAAGAAAGAUUUACAGCAUUAGAAAAAUUGACAACAUUUGAAAUAAAAGAGCAAAAGAAACAAACCGAAGAGCAAAUAGAUAUUGUUAAAGAAAGAGAAGAGAAACGUAGGCAAUUAAUAGCAGAGUUCUUACCACCAGAAAAACCACCUACUCCAGAACCAGAGGUUGUCGAGUCAAUCCAGGUCCCUGUCCAGGAGACGCCUCAACAGGCCGAGGCGGUACAGGGUGCCUCAACCUCAACAGAGGAACCUCAAGGAGGGGCGUCAGAAGAUGGAUCACACACACUACCCAAACCAAAACGCCGAGAUAACUCAUCCUUAGAUGAUUCAGCCUUUAGUACGGACUCGAAUAACGAGCAGGCCUCUGAGAGUUCGAGUGCACCAGAGUCGCGGGCGGACCGGCCCACACCGAGGCCGCGACCCAGUAAAGGAGAGUCACCACCGUCCACCUCAAAAGUGCCUGAGGGUAGGCCAACUGACUUCCCCCGAGGUAAAAAACCAAUUGGACGGGAACAGUUGAGUGAAAUAACACGGGAGCCUUUACGCGGGGCUGAGAUGGCUCGCCUCAGUCCGUAUGACUUGUCCAUGUCUACCAAAGACAAGAGUCGGUCUCGUUCUCUCUCUCCCUUUCGGAAACUGUUUUCUCGAAAGCGCGACAGGGGCCGUAGCAAAACGGAUGUGAUUGUCCUUCAAGAAUUGCCAUCCACUAGUGCUGAGUCUAUCCGUCACGAGGGAACUCUUACAAGGAAACAUGACUGGGAGCAUGAGAAUAAAAAGGCACAUAACAGAUCUUGGGAUAAGGUGUAUGUUGUACUGAAUGGAAACUUGUUGUCUUGUUACAAAGACAAGAAAAUUGCCAAACAGGAUCCUGGUAGUUUGAUUCACCAUGAACAGCCAAUAAACUUGUCAGGAGCCGCGUGUAGCAGGGCCACCGACUACACCAAACGUCCUCAUGUGUUCCGACUCAAGCUCACCAACGGAGGAGAAUAUCUAUUCCAUGCAAAGGAUGACGGAGAAAUGGACUUGUGGAUUCAGAAAGUGAAUUCAGUGACUGGAGCGGAAGGCACAAGUGUUCCCUCCAAAUCUAUGACUCUUCCUGCUCGUGUGGAGGGGGAGAAAGAGGGGAAGAAGAAGAAAGCAGGCUUCCUUACACUGAAGAAGAAAUAGAACUACACUACAAAUCUAGGACUUUUUUCUAUUGAACAAUUGAAUCUCGGAGAAAGACUUGCAGAAAUGGAGGUUUUGGAUUAUCGUUUAAACUUUUUAAAAGUGUUGAAAGGGGAUGUAGUUUUAAAAACUGGAGUUUUUAAUUUAUUCGUAUUAACAUUUUUGUAUACUUUGUUUAUAUAGGAAAAAAUCUUUUUAAACAGAUUACAUUAAAUCAAAUAUUGUAAACAGUUUUCAUGAAAGGAUAUAUGUGUAUUGUGUGUAGUCCAUUUUAAUGUCUCGCUAAGGUUGCCCUGUCUUCAUUAUGUCACUGUCGCUCUCCCAUUGGAGCAGUUGUACCUGCAGUUUGGACCAAUGAAUAUAUGGUCUGAGCGUUGAAAGGUUGAUCAUAUUAAAGGGGCAUUUUAGAUGGUUUUUGUGUUGUGCUUAUAUUGCGAAUUUCUCGAGUGAAGAUUUGUCAUAAACUGUGGUGUAUUUCAUUCAGCAAGUGCCAUGAAGGAUGUCAUGUCUGAGAAAUGUCCUCUUCUUCAAUGGCCAGAAUUAGCAUAAUUAGGAGGAAGACUAGUUGUAGGGGAUUUAGAUUCAUACCAUGUAUUCUGGGACAUGUGCAGUAUCGAUGUCUUCAUUAACAUCUUAACGGAUGUGUCUUUAGAGUAGGGUCAGAAAUAUUCACUUUUGCGGAACUUUUCUGUUAUCACAAAUUUAAUACAUAAAAACCUGCCUUUACCAUGUACCUUUGCAUUAUGUAUAGCACCUAAUUUCACAGUAUGUACAGAUGUUGUUAAAACUUCUAUUGAAUGAUUCUGUUAUUUUCAAAUAAGUGAUUAUUUAAAGGUUUUCGCUUACUAUUAACUAAAAAUUGUUGUGCAAAUAAUAAUCAACAGAGCAGCUAGUUAUUAUUAUUUUUCAAAAUAUGUCUUGUUUGUAGUUGUUUUUGUUUGACUUGAUUCACUUUCCUGUGUAUAGAGGCAGGCCUGUAGCGUUAGCUGUUUGGAGUUGUAGCCCUCACCAACAUUCUGUUAACUAUUAAGACUAGCAUGAAAUAAGUUUGCUUUAUUAUACAACUGUUAUCCUGUGUAUCCCUGUUAUCUUGCCUGGCCCCCUGCAGAUAAAUGUUAAUAAGUGAUUCAUUAUGUUCAUUUGCUUGUAAAGUGAUGUCACAUACAGACUUUAUGUUAUCAUUUACUUUUUUUUGGCAUUCAGAAAAGAGCCCCUGGUUCUUAACUUGCUUCAAGGAAGGUGACAGGCUUCUACGAUUUUUUUUUU